AUGCCUGCUCCCUCCAGUACCCGUCUUCCGGUAGGAAACAAAGACUUUACAAACGCAACUGUCGUCAUCAUUGGUGCCGGAAUAUCCGGCAUGAACAUGGCCAUAGACCUCAUCAAGCGAAACAAUUGCCGCAACUUUGUCAUUCUUGAGAAAAGUAGUAACAUUGGCGGAACAUGGAAUGACCAAAAGUACCCUGGGUGCUGCUGUGAUGUCUGGAGUACCUUGUACAGCUAUUCCUUCGAGCAAAAUCCCAAAUGGUCUCGUGAGUAUCCUGGCCAGGAGGAGAUCUAUGCAUACCUAGUGGGCGUCGCCGAAAAAUGGGGCCUCUAUAAACACAUUCGAUUCAAUUCGGCUGUGGAAGAAGCUCGUUGGGACGAUGAUGAAUCGAAAUGGAAAGUCACUGUCAACCUAUCGGGGCAGAAAGACAGCGAGUUUGCAACCUCAUAUGUCAUUGCCUCUGAUUUCCUAGUCUCCGCUGUCGGCCAACUCAACCUGCCACGAUACCCCGACAUCCCAGGCCUCGAUGAUUUCCAAGGAAGAAUGAUGCACUCCGCCCGAUGGGACUGGAGCUAUGAUUUCAAGGGAAAAAAGAUUGCGAUUAUUGGAAACGGGGCCACGGCGGCCCAAAUCAUCCCAGAAAUUGCACCGACUGCUUCUCAUCUAACAGUCUUCCAGCGAACCCCAAACUGGCUCAUCCCUCGCCUCGACGGCCCCGUGUCUGCGUUCCACAAGGCACUAUUGACCUACAUUCCACCUAUUCGCUGGCGCAAACGUUCGGCGAUGAUGGAAAUGCGUGAGGAUUUCCACUCUGCCAUCUUCGACGAUGAUUCCGACAACGCGCAGAUGAUUCGAGACGCGUGCAAGGGUAUGCUCAAAACACAAUUAGCGAAUAAUCCAGAACUCUGGGAGAUCUUGACGCCCAAAUAUGCACCUGGGUGUAAGAGGGUUAUCCUGUCCGAUGAUUACUAUCCCACGUUGGCGCGUGACAAUGUCGAUCUAGAGACACGGCGAAUCAACCGCAUCACGAGCAAGGGCAUCGAGAUUGAGGGCGUUGGCGAGCAGAAAUAUGACUUUAUCAUUCUAGCCACUGGAUUCAAAACGGUCGACUUUAUGUAUCCAAUUCAGGUCUAUGGCACUAAGGGUCGCCCUGUUGCGGAUAUUUGGAAGGAUGGGGCGAAGGCUUACUAUGGAGUCACCGUGGAGGACUUGCCAAAUUUCGGAAUGUUCUAUGGUCCCAACACUAACCUUGGCCACAGCUCUAUAAUCCUCAUGAUCGAAGCCCAGUCACGCUACCUGAAUGCCUUGGUUAGAGAGGUGAUUCAUUCCAAACAGCAAGGAAAGACCCUCGCGCUCAUGCCGACACCAGAGGCGUUGAAAGAGUACAACGACAAACUUCAAGCUCUACUGCGUAAUAGUAGCUUUGCAGACCCCAAGUGCAACAGUUGGUAUAAGAGAGACGACGGAGUCAUCACCAAUAACUGGUCUGGCACUGUGGUUGAGUACCAGAAGAAUCUUUCACAGGUGCAAUGGGAGGAUUACAUCGCCGCAGGUUCUGGUAGUCACCUUUUCAAGAACAAGAGGCCUACUCAAAUAGGACGGGUUCAUGAGGAGCCGUAUCUUAGCAAUACUUCGCUUCUUGCAGGGGUGGCCGGUCUUCUGGCCGUCGGCGGCUAUAUUGUCACUCGCGCUAAUCGACAAAAGGCACGCUGA